CUUUUUCCGGUCCUGUUGAUGUCUUGAGCGUCUCUGACUUUUGCAGAAGGGCUGAAAGCGGCUGGCAGAAGAUUUCUGUUUCUGAAUCCGGCCAUGGAACCUCCUGCUCCUGAAGGGGAGAAACCCGCACUCUCUGCUGCGAUGAGGGCAAAGAUAGAGCGGAAUCGCCAGCGGGCAUUGAUGCUGAGGCAAGCAAGGCUGGCUACUAGGCCCUACCCUCCUACCGGCGAAGGCAGUUCCAAAGUGAAAGCACCUCCAAAGAUAAUAGAUACCGGGGGAGGAUUCUUUCUUGAAGAGGAGGAGGAAGAGGAACACACAGCGGAGAAAGUUGUGCAUCUCCCUGGGCCUGUGUUAGAAUUUGAUUACAUUAUUUGUGAAGAAUGUGGUAAAGAAUUUAUGGAUUCCUACCUCAUGAACCACUUUGAUCUAGCAACAUGUGAUAAUUGCAGAGAUGUUGAAGAAAAGCACAAACUCAUAACAAGGAGUGAAGCCAAGCAAGAGUAUCUUCUGAAAGACUGCGAUUUAGACAAGAGAGAACCGGUGCUAAGAUUUAUUCUGAAGAAAAACCCUCAUAAUCCGCGAUGGGGUGACAUGAAACUUUACUUAAAGCUACAGGUGAUCAAGCGCUCUCUUGAAAUCUGGGGUAGCGAAGAAGCGUUAGAAGAAGCGAAGGAAAGCAGACAAGACAACAGAGAGAAGAUGAAACAAAAAAAGUUUGAUAAGAAAGUUAAAGAACUGCGCCGAGCUGUGAGGAGUAGCGUAUGGAAAAAAGAUACAAGUGUUCAUCAACAUGACUACGGAGCUGAAGAAAUGAUAGACGAAGACCUAUACAAGAAAACCUGCACGACGUGUGGUCAUGAAUUAACAUAUGAAAAAAUGUAGUAUGUUCUUAGUGUUAACAUUAAAAUGUACCUUUUGUA